AUGCGAGUUUUGAUAUCAUCGCCGUUUCAGAGGAGGCUGUUUAGCUCCCUCACCCUGCUGAAGCCCUCGUCUGAACGGUAUCCUGUUGCGCUACGCUGGUACUGCGAUUACUACCAACGAACUCACAAUGAUGUGAUAAUAGAGAAGAUAUUGAAAAGACUGACGACGACUGAUAUAGACAUUGAGGCCGUAACAGUGUUGACGGAUCAAUCGGAACGUGAUGACUUGGGGAAACGUGAUGGCGUUCGCGAGUUCACCCAGCUGGCGCAAGAAAAUGGCAGAGAUACUGGCUAUGGUCUUAGACUUCUUCUGGUCCUGCCAAUCAAGACUGGGCUUCGUCAGGCAACUUCACAGUUGCGCAAGUCGCGCCAACUGCUUUGGAGACAUGGCAGCACUUCCAUUGGAUGUAGGAUGUUUCUCGCAAAUACAACCAGCUGGGAUAAGAAGUGGUUACUCUAUAGCAGGGAGGUGAAAUACCUCAACGAUAGCCGCAAAAAGGCCGCCUGGCAGGAGACGUACCCCGGCGCAGGCUCAUCUGACUUUUUCAACACCCCUUUCAUCUAUCGUGUAAAGGCCUUCCUCUCUCAUCAGUACUGGAGUUGCCUACGGAGAGUGGGCCCGAUUCCGACAACAAUCCCACAGUAUCAUAGAGCGGGUCUCACGAUUUUCGAGUACUGGCGAACCCUGGCUCCAUUGAAAUGUCUUGAUGCGACGUUGGGUAUCGGUGCAACGGUGCCGGAAGAUGUAUUUCGCCGGCAAUGUGACGUCUAG